CGGGACCUUUACGUCAUCAUGCGACGCGCCAAAUUUGUAUAGUGCGGAAGGCUCAACAACAAAACAUCGGCGGAUCUAGUUUUAUUGACAAUUUGUCGCUGAAUUUCAACUAUUUUUGAUAAGCAACAUAUCUUUAGUAUGUCUCAGCAGGCAGGCUAUUCGCCCAGCUUCAAGCGACCGGCUGAAAUCAUGCGAAUGAGGAGGAAAAGAGCCCGAAGCGACGCCGGAGUCUUCCCUAGCCAGAGCGGCCAGGGUUCCGCUGGCAGUACCGGACAAAGCAGCUCACCCCAGGCUUGUGUCCGGCCUUUCUCCCCGGGGCCGCUUUUCAAUAACCAAAACCGCUCCGGAGGAGGGAUUAAACGCAGAAACCCCUUCGCAAACAUUGAGAAUACAUACAGCCCGAAAAAGAAAUUACUCAUUUAUAAUGACGACGGAAGUGCAGAAGCUGGGGACAGUUACAAGCUGCAGAAAUCGACUGAAAAGGAGGGAGAGGAGGACAUGUCAACAGAGAAAGAGAGUCAAGGAGUUUUACCUUUCAGUGCAAGGUUGAUUGAGGCCGAGAAACAGGAACGCCAAGAUAUUUCCAGCAAGAAGUGUCUCACUUUCUCUGAAGAUGACUCUCUGUUCGAAGAAGAGGAGGAAGAUGUUGAAAGUCCACUGCUGAAGAGCCCCCGGGCCAUUGCUCCUGUCUCCAUAGCUCCUCCCGUCUGCACAGAGUAUCCAGCAGACUGGAGCCUGAAGACUCGUCUCCUCUUCACCUCCCCACUCUCACUGUCUUGGGCAGAGCAGCCCAAAGCUCAGGAAGAAGCUCUGGGGCUCAGCCAGCACUGCAGAGCUCAGUUUAGUACCUUGCCACACACUCUACAGGAUCCCAGGUCCUGCUCUGAGCUUCGUUGUGCCUUCCAGCAGAGUCUGGUCUACUGGCAACAUCCCUCCCUGCCCUGGAUCUCUCUGUUUCCCAGGAUCAACGCUGAGAGGAGCUUUACAGGAAAGAGCACUCCCUGGGCACAAGAUACAGUACUGCAGCAGAGUCUCAUGAGCGAAUGGUCAGUCAGUCUGUCAUCCCUCUACAGUCUACUUAAGGCCAGACUGUGUCCUUAUUUCUACGUCUGCUCUUAUCAGUUUACAGUGUUGUUCAGGGCAGCAGGUCUUGGGGGCUCGAACAGCAUCGUUGCCUUGAUAUCUCCCACAACUAGAGGGCUCAGAAUGGCAAUGAAGGCUGAAGGUAUAGAGUUCAGUCUCCCUCUAGUGGAGGAGGGGAGGAAGAGCAGGGAGCAACAGAACCUGACAGGGAACCAGGGAGAGGAGGAGGAGCAGAAGGAAAAAGAAGAGGAGUGCUCUGACCUGAAGGAGGGUGAGGACUGUCAGACAGGCGAUGAUGAAGACUUCUCCUGGCUGAAGGAGAUGGGAGUCCAGGACAAAAUCAAGAAGCCAGAUAGCAUCACUAUACAACUUCGUAAGGAGGGUCACACAGUGUCUCUGGACCAUAAACCAGAGUCUGUGGUGUGUGUGGAGGGAUCAGACACUUUCACCCUAAUCAACUUCCUCAUCAACUGCAAGAGUUUGGUGGCAGCAGCUGGUUCCCAGGCCGGGUUACCCCCUACACUGCUGGCUCCCAUUGCUUUCAGAGGAGCUACAAUGCAUACACUGAAGGCCCGCAGUGUGAAUGUGAAGAGCCAGGUUGGUUCUACCUACCAGAACAUCAGCAGUCUGGAGAUCACAGGACCCAUCCUCCCCUCCUCUCUCCACACCAUCACAAACCUCCUUCGACCUGCACAGAAAGGAAACUUCUCAGCUGCUCUUUACUCACACACACCUACAGCUGUCAUGAACAUACACAUCAAUGACAAGCAACAGCGUACAGGUGGGUCAGUGGACCUGUCUGGUUGUGGUGUCCAUCCUGCCUCCAUCCAGCAGCUGCAGCAGCCCUCCAGCCUGGGCAACACUGCUCUGACACACAUCACCAUGAACAACUUCAGCUACACUUGGAAGAAGUGACAGAGAAAGUCUUGGUGACUGUGUGUUCCUGGAACUAUUUGCCUUCGAAGAACUAGAAAGCGUGUGAUGGAAAUUUCCAUUUUGUUGCACAUAAGAACUGCACUACUACUGUGUCUUUUACUGUGUGUUUCUUCUACAGUACCUUUAAAAACAGAUCUAGCUGUUUCACUGUACUUUUAAUCUCUUUUAAAGCUAUGAACUUUUACUGCUUCAAUUGUUCUGGUUUUAUUACUCAUAGUCUAGGUAGCUUGUUUAAAAUUGCUUUUAAUUUUAUUAUUUUGGCAUAAAUUGUGUAUUUUUCCCCCCAUGGAAUUUUAUCUAUGAAACAUAUCCAAAUAAAUCACUGGUGCAUUGUUA